CCCUAAUUCUCUCGGUGCGGAAGCGAUGACCACACUCUCCCAAUCCCAUACAGUGUACAUACUCUCGCAUGGGGACAUUUCCCGCGGUCUAGCUUCUCAUUUUGGCAACGAUGGCAUUGCAUCACGUGGCCAGCACUGGGGCAGAAUAGUAGGGUUGUGCCUGAAUUGUGUAUUCUCCACUCUCGAAGGCUUGAGCUGGUCGUUGCUUUUCUUGUUGUCGUCUACAGCACAUGUCACUGUCGCUCUUUCUUACACAUCUCCAUUUGUCGGCUGUGGUUUUUGCGUUACAGCACUGGAGGAAACGUAUUGCUGCUGGUACGGCCGCUGCGGCUGUGGUUCCGCCUCCUCCUGAUCCUGUUGAUCUUGCUGACUCACUUGACCCUGUUAAUCCUCCUGAUCCUUUGGCCUGCUACGCCUGCGCUCGCGCCUUGUUCUUUACAGGCUCCUGCACCUUGUCCAUUUUGGCUCUCGACCUAUCCGCCAAGGUUUGCUCGAGCCGCCUUGUAGCACCCUUUCGUGGUCACUUCAGAGGCGGCGGCGUGUCCUCAGGCUAAAUAGAGGGCGCAGUGGAAGGGGAAGGAAUGGCGAUGUAGAUGUAGACGAAUUUAGCAGCGUUGAAGUCUCUCCAGAUAUUUCCUCAACCCUGUGGAUCUCUGUCCUUGGAAAAGGGUGAUGUCUAGGCUCAAACGUUUGUCGAAGAUCGCAUCCAACUCUUCGCUAUUUUGGGCCU